UGAUGUAUAUUCUUAUCAAAGCAGACAGGAAAUGAAUAACCAAUGAAACUAGGACAACAGAAGAAGACAAGUUAAUGUAAUUGGUAACAAAGAAUUUUUCACACAAGUUACUUUAGAGUCUCUUUUGCUUUGCUUUCCUAAACUGCUGUAAAAUACUGCAGCAGAAAGAAGUUUUAACAUAAACUUCCAAGUUACUGGAUAGCCUCUGCUCAGCUGACCUGUCAAAGACAUCAUGAAGCUCAUUGUUUUGGCAGUAUUUCUCUGCAUGGUUAUAAAUUUUGAUACCUGUUUGGGAACUGCAGAUGGAAACACCAUUUUUAAGAGAGCAAUACGACCGAGAAAUUUGAGAAUCAAUCUUAGAGCUGGUGAGAGAAUAUAUAAACGUUUAGGCCGAUAUCUACUGAUUAUAUGUAGUGAGAAGGAUGAAGAUGUUGGCUUGAUGAAUAUCAUAGAUGAGGCACACAUGGGUCGCAUUCUCAAUCAAGAUGAAAUCAGGAAGUUUUUGUACAAUCCAAAGCAGUAUUACCCAGGUACGAGGCUGGUAUUUGCUGGUAUUAAAAAAAAAUCUGAACUUGAAGGCUUAAUAGCAUAUAUAAUCCAAUCAUGCAAGCAGUAUUAAAUAAAAAUUUGGAUUAAAUCAAUUUUUGAAGUAGACAAGUAUCAAAUGAUUUUACAUCUGUUUUUCCUGUAUUACCCUGGCCAGGGUAAUUCUGAGCAUCAAAGAAAAAGACAGUUUUUACCUGCUGCAUUAUAAAGUAACUAUUCUCAAUGAUUUUCAACUUAAAAACCAGGAAUCUAAUUUACCUUAUGUUUGAGUAUACUGACAUUUUCAGUGUUAUUGUAAGCUAUUCUUAGAGAUAAAGUUUAAAUAUCUUUCUACCACUGUCUCUCUUUCUUAGAGAUUAAAGAAUAUUUCUCA